AUGGCAGAUUCCAAGAUAUCGACCCCCCACCCAUUCUUCGUUCCUCAAUUUACAGGCAAGGAUUAUACCUCGUUCUUCCUAGCAGGAGCACUAUGUUGCACAAUAAGCCAUGGAGCUAUGACUCCCAUUGAUGUCGUUAAAACGCGUAUUCAAAUAGACCCGACGUUCAAAGGGCACUCCUUCGUUUCUGGUUCACGGAAGCUCCUAGCAGCAGAGGGACCUCGUGGUUUUCUCACAGGAUUUGGUCCUACAGCUGUUGGAUACCUUGCCCAAGGAGGUGCCAAAUUCGCGGGGUACGAAUACUGGAAGAAGACAUUUGUGCAAGUUGCCGGAAGUCAGGAGAACGCCGUCGCAAACCGUACUGCGAUAUAUUUAGGAGCGGCUGUAGUUGCGGAGUUUUUUGCAGAUAUCCUGUUAACUCCACUAGAAGCGACUCGAAUCCGACUAGUUUCUGAGAGGGGGUUUGCAACAGGCCUUGUUUCCGGCUUCACGCGGAUAGCCAGAGAAGGAGGUAUACGUGAGCUAUAUGCAGGGUUCUUGCCCAUCCUCUGCAAACAAAUACCGUACGCUGUUGGUCAAUUCACAGUAAAUGAAUUUUGCCACGAACUUGUGCUGCGAAGUACAACGGAAGACCAAAAGCGUAGGAUAGCAGAGUCGAGUACCUUGCGAUUCGGUAUCUCUCUUGGAAGCGGGAUUAUUGCCGGCUUUGCAGCUGCAAUCCUCAGUCACCCUGCCGAUACUCUUCUAUCGCAAAUUAAUAAGGGACAUGGUCCAACUGGGUCUAUGGCUCAUCGGCUAACGGUCCUUGCACGAGAAGCAGGCUUCAAAGGAUUGUUUGCGGGCCUUGGCCCUAGGAUGAUCAUGACUGCUGGUCUUGUAUCGUCGCAAUUCCUGAUGUAUGGUGCUAUUAAAGAUGCGCUUGGUGCUCCAGCGGGACUGGAAAUCCACAAAGAGUGA